CUGAGAGAGAAAGAGAACAGUUUUUCUUCUUAUUUUAUUAGUAAAACGUGAAAUAAAAAAAAAAGAUUAUAUGUUCUUAUGCUUAACAGAUGUUAAGGAGUUAUGGAUCAUUCGAUAUAAAUCUAUUGACAAAUUUAUAAAUUUAUGUUAUCUUUAAAUCAACUAUCAACUAUUGUGAUUAAAUUCUCCCUUCGCGGUAAUAAAUAUCUAAAUAUUUACAAUUAAUUAACAAAGGUACUUUAUAUUUAUUUUUGUUAUUUUUGCAGAGAGGAGAAAAGUCAUGUAAAAAAUUAUGAUAAAUUAUCAAAUUAUCUUCAUUGUUCGCCAGCCAAUUAAGAAGUCACAAAUUCAUUCGCUUCUCUUCAGAGAUAGAGAUAUGGGCGGCGGAUUUUAUCAGCGGCGCCAAUUUCAAUGGCCCGUCACGAUUGUUUCAUUAGAGAUAAUACCGAUGCCAUUACCAUCGAAAGCGCGGUCGAGAUUAACAAAGCGCACGGCGGGUUAUCACGUCGUUGCCGAGACGGGACGGGUCCUCUCGUGACUACGAAGCACGUACCGCUGAAUGAACGAUCUGCCGAAAUUACAAUACAAUGGACCAGAAGAGCCACUUGACAAAUACCCGGUAGAUGAAUCAUGCAUCUCGCGAUGAACGAUUGUGACUCGCGUGUGAAACGCGAUAGUAUAAGCCGCCGAUCGAUCCUAAAGAAGAUAAAUUCUCGCGAGCAAACGAAUGCGAAACAAUAGCUUACAGCUUUCAUUUAUAGAAUACAUUUAUCAUAUUAUGAAUUUGAGAAUUAAAAUUUAUUCCAGAGACAAAGAAUUUAUUAUAAUUAAUUAUGAUAUAAUUUUAUUAUAAUUAAUUAUGAUAUAAUAUUAUCUGUUUUAAUUUCCGUAAAUCUGCAGCUAAUUUCACAUAGCAAACUGCUGCAAAUUUAGGAAUCAUGUGUUAUGUCUUAAUACGAUGAUAUUUAUACAAGAUUUCGUUAUAUUAUCAAUUUCGUGAACAAGUAAUACAUUUACUAUCCACAAAUAUGGAUCUCACACAAACAUUAGAAGACCUCGAAGAUGUUGCCGAAGCAUUGCAAGAUGAAAAAACAGAUACAUGGACUGAAUAUGAUGAAGAUGAUACCGAAGUGGAAGAGGAAGAGAAAGACAUAAAAACGGAGUCAGAAGAUGAAUUUGAAGCUGUGGAAGAGGAAAAAAAAGACGUCGAAGCGGAAUCAGAAAUAAUUGACGAGACUGACAUACUGGCUGAUUUUAUGAUGAAAUUUGAAGCGAAAAGGACGAAGGAACUAGCGGCCAAGGCUGAGGAGACAAAGAAACAGCUGCGACAUUUGAUCCGUAUUGAACGAAAGAAAGAUGACGAUGCGUCUGAGGAAACGCCGAUCACGCCGGAAUCUGAAGUUAUCGCGAGCGACCGAGUUUCCACUGAGAGUUCAAUUCAUCCGUGUUUGCGCGAGAUAGACAUAAGCGAUUCCCAACUGAAACUAGUGAAUCCGUACACGGUGUAUCGAGUUCCAAACGAUCCCGGAUUAUUACCAGCUUUCUGGCUGUUACGCGAACACCCACCGAUUUACAGCACGGAUGGUGUGCAAAAAUUCUACGAUACAGUAAAACGUACAGAUUUGAGACCGAUCGGCUCGUUGAGAAAAAUGCUCUUAGCCGAUCAAUUAAAUCUGCGGUAUUACGGACUCAAGUCACCAGUAAUGAGAGCAAUCUGCGAAGCUUUGACUGAAAACACUUUUGUGCGAAAAUUAGAUCUGAAGGACAAUAAACUGACCUCGAAUGCGUGCAAAUAUCUAAACGAUUUACUGCUUAAAAACAACACGAUAACCGACUUGUCGCUAUCGGGUUGUCGAAUCGGCACGAACGGCGCCAAAAAAUUGUACGACGCGAUAUCGGAGAACACAAUCCUGAAAAUCCUCGAUCUCAGCAACUGCGACAUCGGAAACGAAGGCUUUGGAUACAUCGCGUCCGCAUUAUCUAAUAAUCGAGAUUUGGAGAGCGUUAAUCUAUCUGACAAUCAUUUGGACGAGACGUGCUCAGAAGAUCUGCGGAAUCUGCUCUCGCAUUUCACAGGCUUGACGCAUUUGGAUCUAUCCUGGAACUCUCUGUAUAACGCAAAAACGUGGAAAGCUCUGGACAACGGGCUCAAGAAAAAUGAGUCACUGCGUUCCCUGAAUUUAUCUUGGAACGCACUUGAUACGGAAUGUGUGCAUCAUCUUUCCAGACUAUUAUCACGCUUGCGCAACAUCGAAAAACUGGAUUUAAGUUGGAAUAGAUUUAUCAAAGACGAUGCUGUAAUCAUCGCAAAAGAUCUAUCGAAAAACAAAACGCUCCAAGAAUUACGUUUGGGAAACAAUCCUUUAGGGGCACAAGGUGCUUCGGCUUUAAUUCACGCAAUUACACCGCACCAAUCGCCCGACAGUACUUUACGUCUUCUGGAUAUGGAAAACAUUUGGACGAAUAAAGAUGUCCUCCAUGACUUGGAGACAAUCAGAAAAUUCAGACCGUGGCUCGCAGUCAAAUUAGGCGGUAUUCUGAGCAAUUAUCAGGUUAUUGGGCCGAAUGUUAGGAAAAUACUUCUGAAGAGGGCGAAUUAUGAGGCAAUGUUACCAAAACAAAAGAAGCAAAAACGCAACUUUGGCUUCUUCGUGAUGUCGUUGAACGAUACAAAUAUACCACAAGUAAAAUUUAAGCAGCUAGUACAGAAGUUCAUGCUAAAGCUUUCGACGUCGCUCGUUGAAGAGAUUAUGAAAGCAUUCGAGGGGCCGCAAGAGACUGUCGAUCAACAACAAUUAAAAUCAUUUUAUUUAAAAGAAUAUCCGGAAACAACAGCUGAACUAUUAAAAUUAAACAAAAGGAAACUUAAGAACCAAAUGAACAAAAACAGAAAGUAGAACGAACAAAAGACGAAAAAAAAUACAAGAAACACAAAAACUAACGUGGAAGAAAAUAAAAAUUUAAAAAAAUCAAAAAAUAUUUGAAAAAUGUACAUUAUAUUGCUAUGUAAUAAAUGAAUCGAAAAAGACUGUGGAAUCUCCUUAUAAUA